AUGGACGCGAGAGUGACGAGAGAGUUGGAGCAGAAACCCAAACAAUUGUCAAAAAAAUCGAACACUCACCAUAGGGGUCGCAAAAUAGUCGAAGACUUACCGCAAAACAGUCACGACUCACGGGUACUCUUGCCUCCUCACUCUUACCAAAACGAAACCGAUAUCACGGAGCAGAAACCCCAAACAAAAUGGAUGAGAGAGUGGAGCGGAGUGGUGAAAUCUAAAGAGAAUCUUCGUUCUUUUCGUUGCUUUCCUUAUCUCCGAAAGAUUAUCUCAUUGUCUGUUUUACAUGUGAGAGUUAUUGACUUUAAGGGUGACAUUGUGUUAGCCCAGUUGGGUAAUUGGAUUUGCCUUAUAUCACUUAAUUUGUCCCUUUCAACAUAUGUAAAUAUGCUUGAAGAGGAGUGUCUUUUUAGAUCUCCAUCGUUGCUAUGUAUUUUUGUUGGCUUCUUGCUAUAUCCUGUUGUGUCAGCUCUGAUACCAUUGGGUUCCAAACUCUCUGUGGUUGACAGGAACUAUUGGCUUUCCUCCAAUGGUGAUUUCGCAUUUGGGUUCUUUAACAUUUCAGAUGAACCUAACCAGUAUAGUGCUGGCAUUCGUUUCAAUUCAAAGUCUAUGCCAUAUGACCAACAAACAGUGGUCUGGGUUGCCGGAGCUAAUGUCAAAGUGGGUAACAGGUCCUAUUUCCAAUUCACACCUGAAGGGGAACUGGUCCUGUUUGAUUCCUUAAAAGGAUCCACUGAAUGGAGGAGUGGAACUGGCAACAGAGCUAUUGUUUCAGCUUCUCUUCAUGACGAUGGCAAUCUUGUUCUGAUAGACACAGAGCAAAACAUCAUUUGGCAAAGUUUUGAUACUCCUUCUGAUACACUACUUCCAGGACAGAGUUUAUCUGUUUAUGAGAUACUUCGGGCUACAACCAAGAAUGCCACAUCCAGUUCCUACACUCUUUACAUGAAUCCUUCUGGUCAAUUGCAGCUUCGCUGGGAUAGUAAUAUUAUAUAUUGGACAAGUGAAAUCCCUCCUUCUGCUUCAAAUAUGACUGCAAUUCUUACGACUGGUGGAGCUUUGCAACUUCGAGAUAAAAGUUUGACACCCUUUUGGAGUGUGUUUGGAGAUGACCAUAAUGAUUCUGUGAAUUACCGAUUUCUUAGGCUAGAUGUGGACGGAAAUCUCCGGUUGUAUUCAUGGAUUGAAGCUUCACAAUCAUGGAGAUCAGUUUGGCAAGCUGUUGAGAAUCAGUGCAAAGUCUUUGCAACAUGUGGUCAGCGUGGUGUCUGUGUCUUCACUGCUUCAGGUUCUACUGAUUGCUGGUGCCCCUUUGACGUAAGUGAGUCCAACCAAUGUUUGAUUCCAUAUGAAUACAAGUGUGAAUCUGGAUACAGCAUGCUUACAUACAAGAAAACAUAUUUGUAUGGAAUUUAUCCUCCUGAUGAUUCGGUUGUUAUAAGUAGUUUGCAGCAAUGUGAGCAGUUAUGUCUGAAUGACACGCAGUGUACAGUUGCAACCUUUUCCCACAAUGCUCCAUAA